UUGUGUUACACAGAGAAGAAGAAUAAUAAACUAUCCUCGUGUGAGAGGACGUUGAUCAGACUCGAUGAAAGUGUCGUUUAUGUACACGCAGAAUAAAGAACUCCACGAAGCUCAAACACCUUAACAGGUUAUGGUGCCCAGGAACCCCAGAGAUUCCAGCCAACUCAAGCAAACAAGGCCAGGUAGCGUUGAGUCGACGCACGGACAGAGAAGCCAAGAAAGUUUGCAGGUGUGGACUUGAGCUAACAGAGGAGAACUGCUUGACCAAGGAUAAAGGUAUUGCAAACGUGAAGUAUUACACGGAGCAUAAAAGUGACUUUAGCCAAUAAAGUAGCGUGUACCCUCGAAGAAGAAGUAACCGCGGUAAAGUUUGAGCUAAUUAGCAUAGCAUAGUGCUAAAGUGCGGAGCUUAAACAAAUAUGCCGGCUCGUACUACUGGAGCAGUAUCCCCGCAACUGUACUUUGAUGGAUCCGAAAGCAAGUAUGACCUUUGGGAAGCAAGAUUUUUGGGACACUUACAUAUUUUAAAGUUGAAAGACACUGUUCUAAAUGAACCAGUAGGAGAAGAGCAAGCAGCAGCGGACAGAAUAAAGAAUCCAGACUGCUAUGCAGAGCUCAUCAGGUUGAUCGAUGAUAAAAGCUUGUCUUUAAUAAGACAUGAUGCUGCAUACGAUGGCAGGAAAGCACUGAAAAUACUGAGGGACCAUUACUCAGGAAAAAGCAAGCCACGAAUAAUCAACCUGUACACGUCCUUGACAAAACUACGGAAAGCAGACAGAGAGUCAACUACGGACUACAUCAUCAGAGCAGAAAACCUGAUUACAGCACUUCGUGAUGCCGAUUUCAAAAGAAGAUUACGUAUUUACGAAGAGUCAGAGAAAAUUAGUACUGCUGAGCCAACAGACAAUGUGAUGAAAACGUUCACAAAACAAGAUAGAAAUAUCCAGAAGAAGUACACCAGCAGCACUCAAAGUAGAAGUGAAGAUGGAGAUCUGACAUGUUUCAAAUGUGGAUUAAAAGGACACAGAGCAAGAAUGUGUAUCCGAAAAGUGUGGUGCAACUUUUGUAAGAGCAACACACACCAAGAAACCAUAUGCAAAAAGAAAGAUAAACGAGACAAUGUCAGAAAGGUUACUGAUGAACAAUCCAAUGAUUACCUCUUCAAAGCAGCACAAGAAGAAAGUGAGUCAGCACCCAAAAUAAAGAUGAAAGGCAUUAUGGUGGAUGCAGGAGCGACAUCCCACAUUGUAAAUGAUGUAAAUAACUUUACAAGCUUUGACAACAAUUUUCAACCAGAGACUCAUUCAGUGGAACUAGCUGAUGGGACAAGAUGCAGUGGAAUGGCCCAAGGAAGAGGAACAGCAACGAUACAUCUAGUGGACAGCGAUGGAUGA